AUGGCUCACGAUACAUGGCAGAGCCCCCUGGCGGCUCGCUACGCCAGCAGAGAAAUGCUCACUUUAUUCUCCCCCCGAACUCGAUCUACAACCUGGCGCCAGCUCUGGAUCUGGCUCGCCGAGGCAGAGAAGGAACUAGGACUCGACAUUUCGGACGAGGCCAUUGCGCAAAUGGAGGCGGCCAAAGUCAUGACGGAUGAAGAUUUCCAGGUCGCGGCUGUAGAGGAAAAGCGACGACGACACGACGUGAUGGCACACGUCCACGCCUUUGGUCAGCGGGCACCUGCGGCCGCCGGGAAGAUACACUUGGGAGCCACUUCUUGCUACGUGACAGAUAACGCGGACUUGAUAUUCUUGAGAGACGGACUCUCCAUUCUGUUGCCGAAGGUUGCCAAGUGUAUCAAGAAGCUGUCGGAUUUUGCGCUGCAAUACAAGGCCAUGCCGUGCCUCGGAUUCACCCAUGGACAACCCGCUCAACCCAUCACUGUUGGUCGUCGGGCUACGCAAUGGAUUGAGUCGCUACUCAUGGAUUUGAGGAAUUUCGAACGUGCUAGGGCGGACCUCGUCUUCCGAGGCGUCAAAGGCACAACCGGCACCCAAGCCUCCUUCCUUGAGUUAUUUCAUGGCGACCACAUAAAGGUGAAGCAGCUCGACCAGUUGGUCACUAAGAAGGCCGGAUUCAGUAAGCGCUCUAUUGUGUCGGUACAGACCUAUAACCGCAAAAUUGAUUUUGACAUCGCCAAUGUGUUGGCUUCGUUCGGCACCACCUGUGAGCACAUUGGCACGGACCUGCGACAUCUGGCCAUGUUGAAAGAGGUCGAGGAGCCUUUUGAGAAGGAUCAAAUCGGCUCAUCCGCGAUGGCUUACAAGCGCAACCCCAUGCGCUCGGAACGGAUGUGUUCUCUUGCGAGGAAGUUGGUCUCACUCGCCUCUGGUUUCGGGCAAACGUACGCCCACCAGUGGUUUGAAAGAUCGUUGGACGACUCCGCAAUCCGACGUAUUGAUAUUCCCGAGAUGUUUCUCAUCGCCGACGCGUUAUGCAUUCUGCUCGAAAACGUGUCUUCGGGUCUGGUCGUGUAUCCACAAGUCAUCAGCGCCCGGCUGCAGCAAGAGCUUCCCUUUAUGGCCACCGAGACAAUGAUCAUGCGCAUGGCUGAAAAGGGCGCCAGCCGUCAAGAGACCCACGAACAGAUCCGAGUGCUAUCUCAUCAAGCCGCUGCGGUGGUGAAAUUGGAAGGCCAGGCAAACGACCUUGUCGACCGUAUCAAGAGGGAGAAGUUUUUCGAGCCUAUUUGGGGCGAGUUGACACCGGAGGAUUUGCUCAACCCGUCGAAGUUCGUUGGCAGAUCGGCGGAACAGGUUGACGAAUUCGUGGAGGAGGCAGUGGAACCGGCCUUGCAGCCCUACAAGGACCAGAUCCAGAGCAGUGCGGUCGCAGAAAUCAAUGUUUAG